AUGUUCCACCAAGGGGACCUCCAGAGCGGCAUCGCGCUCGCCAUCCAGCAGUCGAAAUCAGUCGCCUGUUUUGUGCGGGACGACAACGAGGAAAGCGAGCUUUGGGAAGCGAACUGGCUCCAGGAUGAGGACGUAUCAUCUCUCCUCGCGCAGUCCACCGUUCUCCUCCGCAUGCAAGCAGGGUCCACAGAAGCGGGCUUCCUGGCCGCAUUCUGCCCACUAAAGAACAUACCCACUCUAGUUGUUAUACAUAAUGGCCAACUCCGCGAACACCUAACCGGCGGCGACGAAAUAACGAAGGAGGAAUUCACAGCGCGGUUACGAGCUGUAUUGAGCCCUCAAGUAGAACCCACCGCCACACAACCACAAGCCGAGCCUGCAACAGCUGUCUCCUCCGCGCCCUCCACCUCAAAUCCAGCACCCCAAGCUCCCCAAACCACCCCCUCCACCCCCAGCACACCCGCCAACCCUCCCGCCGUCAUCUCCCUCCUCGCCGACCGCGCUGCCCGCCUCGAGCAAGAUAAACGCGCCAAAGAAGCCGCCGAAGCGACCGCCCGCGCCGCUGCGCGCACCGCAGCAAAGGGGAAAGCCAAAGCCCUCGACGCCGAGAUCGCCGGCGCUGCCUCGUCCACGCGAGCCGCGCAGCUCAGCGCCGCAGCGCAAGCGCGGAAACGGAAGGAAGACGAGAAAUCAGAGCUGCGGCGCAUACAAGCCCUCAUAGACAACGACAAAGCCGAGCGCAAAGCCCGCGGCGAAGAGCGGAAGAAGGCCGCCGUAGAACAGCGGCGGUUAGCCGCUGGCGGAGCCCCAUCCGAGGAUGUAGACCCCACAGAAGCAUCACCAUCACCGCGGGCUUCAGGAAAGGGCAAAGCGACUCGCCGCCUAACGGGUGCCGUGCACCUCAACAUUCGCCUUUUCGACGGCGGCACGAUCCGCCAGUCGUUCCCGCACGACGCAAUGCUGCAGACGGUGCGCGAGUGGAUCGACCAGGAGCUGCUGGCGACCGAGUCCAAACACCCGCCGUACACGUUCAAGCACCUCCUCCCGCCCGCCCCGAGCCGCGCGCUGUCGGCGUCGGACGAGGCGGCCGAGCUGGCGGAUAUCGACCUCGCGCCGUCGGCGACGCUGGUGCUGGUGCCCGUGACGGGGUAUACGGAGGCGUACACGGGCGGCGCAGGCGGCGGCGUGUUGGGGUCGGUUGUUGGGAGCGCUAAAGGGGUCGUUGGGAGUGCGUUUGGCGUUGUGGGAGGCGUGUUGGGGUAUGUGACUGGGUAUGGGGCUCAAGCUCAAGCGCCUGCGUCGAGCUCGGCGCCUCAGGGUGACGGGGAUGGAAGGGGAACGGGGGAGGCUCGUGGCGAUGGGCGGGUGCGCACACUCGCGGAUCAGCGGCAGGAGGGCGGAGCGGAGCGGAGGAGUGAGCGGGACCGGCAGUUCUAUAAUGGGAACCAGACGAACUUCGAGCCGAGGCGGGAUGAGGGGAAGGAUGAUUAGGGGGGAUCGGCUGAGAAGAAUUAGGGUAGUGUAGGAUUACGAUGUCUUAACGCUUCACAGUAUCUUCAUGGGUCUUGGGUUGAGGCUCUCAAAAAGGAACAGAGGAAUGAGAGAUCGCUCUUGCUGAUCAUAAACGCCCCUAGUUUUAUCACAAUUAGCCCGCACGAUCGUGUGAGGAUGUUGUCAUGAUUCUCAACUCGAUUGCGAUGUCAGUAAGCUGAAUCAUCGAUGUCGUAGAAAGCAUAUGUGGUAAAGAGAUGGGCGAGGAAUCCCGGGACACGUGCGAUAGAGAUAGUUGUCAAGUGGCACGUUUUGUGGAACGAAGAGUAUGGUUGAUGCAACAUGAUGUGUAAUGUUCAAGAUGGUGGUGAAGGCGAAACGAUUUUAUGGGCUGAGAAUGCUUUUGCAGGCGAAAUUGGGUUUUAGAUACCUUUUGUAUAGACGAUGGCCUGACCGUCUCGGGGGCUCG